GAUCGAGCAUCGACACUUGCGCCGCACCCAGUUCGUCUCUCUUAGCUUUCUCCUUCAUCUUCUCCAUGGCCUCCAUUAACAACGUCGUCGUCGAUGCAUUCCCCAAGCCCCAAAGGGCUCGAGGUCCAGCCACCAUCAUGGCCAUCGGCACCGCCAACCCUCCCAACCUCUACGAACAGAGCGCUUACCCCGACUUCUAUUUCCGUGUCACCAAUUCCGACCACAAGCCGGAGCUCAAGCAGAAGUUCCGCCGUCUCUGCGAAAGGACCAUGAUCAAGAAGCGAUAUAUGCACCUGACGGAGGAGCUGCUGAAGGAGAAACCCGGGAUGUGUUCCUACAUGGACACUUCCUUCGACGAGCGGCAGGAUAUCGUGGUGGAGGAGGUGCCUCGGCUGGCCAAGGAGGCCGCCGUCAAGGCCAUCAAGGAGUGGGGGCGUUCCAAGUCGGAGAUCACCCACUUGGUUUUCUGCUCCACCAGCGGCGUCGAUAUGCCGGGGGCUGAUUACCGACUCGCCAACCUUCUCGGCCUCUCCUCCUCCGUCAACCGCAUCAUGCUCUACAACCAGGCCUGCCACAUCGGGGCGCAGACGCUCCGCAUCGCCAAGGACAUCGCCGAGAACAACCGGACCGCCCGCGUCCUCGUCGUCGCCUGCGAGGUCAACACGCUCAUCUUCCGCGGCCCCGAAGAGCGCGACUUCCAGAACCUCGUGGCUCAGGUCGCGUUCGGGGACGGAGCGGCGGCGGUGGUCGUCGGGGCCGACCCCGUCGAGGGCGUCGAGAGUCCGAUCUUCGAGAUCAUGGCGGCGCUGCCGUUCACGGUGCCGGAGACCCAGAUGGCGGUCGGCGGGCAGCUGAAGCAGAUCGGGCUGACCUUCCAUGUCGCCCACCAGCUGCCGGGGCUGAUAGCCAACAACUUGGAGACCUGCCUCGGCGAGGCGAUGAAGCCGCUGGGGAUCUCCGACUGGAACGACGUGUUCUGGGUGGCUCACCCGGGGAACUGGGGGAUCAUGGACGCCGUCGAGGCCAAGCUGGGCCUGGAACAGGGGAAGCUGCAGUCGUCGAGGCACGUCUUCAGCGAGUUCGGGAACAUGAUGAGCGCCACCGUUCUGUUCGUGAUGGACGAAGUGAGGAAGCGAGCGGCGGCGAAGGGCGCGGCGACCACCGGCGACGGCCUGCAGUGGGGCGUGCUCUGUGGGUUCGGCCCAGGGCUGUCCAUCGAGACGCUGGUGCUUCGCAGCGUCCCUCUCUAGCUUAUUCCGGCGAGCUAACUACCGCCGAUCGAACAUAAAUAAUAAUAAUUAAAAGCUGUUUAAUGCUAAAAUAUUAUAAUCGAUUAAAUUAAUUACAGUUGUUACCAGAUCA